AUUGCUAAAGAAAUUCCUAGUACUUUACCAGUGAAAUAUGAAGAAGGUCAGCAGGGAGAAGGUAACAUCCCAGCUUCAGCAAAAGCUUCAAAGGAAGAAGACCCAAUUGAGGACACAUUUCCUGUCAAGUUGGCUGAAGUCGAGGAUGAGGAUAUUAGUACAGUCGCGGUUAUAGAAACGAGUGAAAAGGUAAUUGGUGAAGAAGGUUCACCACGGGCUGUGCAGAAAUAUGAACCAGGAGAGGGGCUUCAAAAAUUGCUGGAUGUGAUGCCUGAAGAAACUAAGGCAGAAUCAUCAAGAGAAAAUGCACAAGUAAUUACCUGCACAAAGGAGGAGAGAGCAAUUCAGAACAUAAAAGAAUCCAAACAAGAAGAUACAAAUGCCAUAAAUGAUACGAAAGAAAAAGACACAGGAUCGGAGGAGGUGUUGGAGAGAAACAGUAGAGAACAAGAAACAGGAGAACAUGCAUUACAGGAAAUUCAUCCUCAAGAAUUCAAUGAUAAAGAAACAACUGAAGACAACUCCACGGAAUAUCAGGCGUGUAUUGAGCCAGCUGAUUUGAGCACAAAAAUAGUACAAGGAAACUUAGAGGAACAGGCAAAUCGGGAACUCUCUUCUUCACCGGUGGGAGACAGCACAAUUAAGGAAAGCUCAGAGGAAGAAGAAAAUUAUGUGUCGAAUCUGAAUGAAGAGAAAAAGGAAGCGCAUGAGGAAUGUAAAGAGCCCAUUGAGGUCACAAAUAUGACAGAGGAGGAAACAAACUCUGAAACUUUUGAGGACAAAAGAAAGCCAAAUGAGGACCUCUAUACUCCUAUUUCAGAGGAAGAAACCCAUGCAGAAGAAAGUAAUUGCUUUCAGUCCGAGGUAUCUGAAAAGGAUGGCUCCACAGUUAUCAAUUCUGACUCUGUGUCUGGAAUUGUGAGGCACCAAACAGUCUUGAAGGAAGCUGAAGCAGAAAACAAAGAGCAGGUCGAAAAUACUGAUACUGCUCUUGAUGAGAAGGGUCUAGCAACCAUCUUAACGGAUGGAACUACCUUGGACAUUGAAGGUAUUGAUGAACAAUCAGAUGAAAAUUCCAAAUCAAAAGAGUUCUUAGAGAACCAGAUUCCAACAGUUGCGGUUGUGGAUGAAGGUGAAGAGAAGGUAGGACUUGGAAAUAUUAAUUUAGAUGACGCCCCUGUUAAGACCGUAGAGCAAAGCUUUCAAGUACAAAGUCUUGAAGAAGCAGAACCAACACUGAGAGUUGAGGAUGAGAAUAAUAACAUGAUAGCUGAAGAGGUGAAGCCUCAACUGUUAGACCAGGUCUUUGAUGAACCAAAGAACAUUGAGGGAGAUUUCAAUGAAGGACAAAUCAUAGAAUCCAACGCUGCAGUUUUUUCACCAGAAUUAAUUCAAGAAGAAACAGUUAAGAACUCUCAAGACAAUGACCAGGAGACAGAAAAGUUAAAGGAAGAGGGAAGCAGCAUAGAGAACAUAAAGGAACUCAAUGCUAAUGACCUCCAACUAGAGUCUAUUCCAGAAGAUGGAAGUGAAAAGUUCAAAGAUGACAAACAGGAAGCAGUGAAGUUCAAAGGAGAGAUCCUUCAAGAGUUACAUGCUGCUGGAGUAGGUGAGGGCACCACGUGUGAGACAAGUAAGAUUGCUGAAAGGUCUGAAGAAAUUCUUUAUACUUCACCAGUGAAAUAUGAAGGAGGUCCGCCUGGAGAAGGUAACAGUCCAACUUCAGCAAAAGCUUCAAAUGAGGAGGAUAAAGAUGAAGAAACAUUUUCUGUCAAAGUGGCUGAAGACGAUGAUAGCAACAAUGAUGCAGUCACAGUUACAGAAAUAAGUGAAAAGGUGACAUCAAAUGAAGAAGAAGAUUCAGCAGAGUCUUUGGAGAAACAUGAAUUGGGAGAGGAGGUACAGGUAAAAACUAGUGAUUUAGCAUAUGAAAACAAGGUUUACAACCUGGAGGUCAAAGCUUCUUUUGCUAAAAGUACAGCAGAAGAGACAAGGUUGCAAAACGAAGGGCACAAGGAGGUUUCAGAUUUGGCUUCAGAAAAGCUAGAUGUUGAUGCAACUGAAGAAGAAAUCAGAGAAGGAUCUGAAAUAGUUCUUAAAUCUGAUUCGCAAAGCAUUGAUGUAGUUUCCAAAGAUGAUAUCAUUGCUUGUCAGGCACUCCACGAAGGGAUAUCAAAAGAGCAACUUCAAAUACCAUCUUCUACAUUGCUUCCCGAGGAAAAGGAGCUCAAAGCUAAUCAACAUGAGCAUGAAACUACAACCCAAGACAAGAAUAUAGAAGAAGAGCACACAUAUGAAAGGGAAGUGCCAGCUGAUGAAAACACGGGAGAUUUAUUUGCUGCAAGGUCAGUAGAAGAGGCACACUUGCAAAAGGAAGAACCCAGAGAGCUCAAAGCUUCUGAAUUGUCUCUGGAAAAGCUAGAUGCAGGUGAAAGUGAAGAAGAAAUCAAAGAAAGUUUUGAAAUGGUCUCGAAAUAUGAUUGUCUAAGCAUUGAUGCAGUUUCCAAAGAUGAAAUCAUUGCUGAUCAAACACUCCUUGAGGGGAUAACAGACAUGCAACUUCAGAUACCAUCUCAUAGUUUGCUUCCCAAGGAAGAGGAGCUCAAAACUUAUGAACAUGAGCAUGGAACUACAACCCAAGACAAAUCCAUAGAGGAAGAGCAUGCCAAGAAAAUAGAAAUGCCAGCUGAUGAAAAUGGGGGAGAUUUAUUUGCUGCAAGGUCAGUAGAAGAGACAAUCUUGCACAAGGAAGAGCCCAAGGAGCUCGAAGUUUCUGAAUGGGCUCCAGAAGAGUUGAAUGCUGAUGAAACAGAAGAAGAAAUCAAAGAAACCUUUGAAACAGUGUCUAAAGCUGAUUCUGAAAGCACUGAUAUAGUUUCCAAAGAUGAGAUCAUUGCUUAUCAGAUAGUCCAUGAAGGGAUAUCAAAAGAGCAACUUCAGAUACCAUCUUCUAUAUUGCCUCAUGAGGAAAAGGAGAUCAAAGCCUCUGAAGAUGAGCAUGGAACUACCUCGGAAGAGAUAUGUCCACAAAAGGAAGAGGCCAAGGAUGUCAAGGUUUCUGAAAUCGCUCUGAAGACACUGGAUGCAGAUGAAACUGCAGAAGAAACAAAAGAAACUUGUGAAACAGCAAAUAAAUUUGCUUCUCAAAGCUUUGAUGUAGUUACCGAAGAUGAAGUUGUCGAUGAGCAGACACUCUGUAAAGUGAUAUUAAAAGAGACUCCAUCUACUGCAUUGCUCACAGGUGAAAUGAAGCAUGCCACUAUCAUGUUAGAAUCCCCGAAAGAAACUACACAAGUGGCUAAACAUUUAACUGAAGACAAAGAACUUCAAACCGAAGAGAAUCUGUGUGACACAACAGUUGAAGCAAAUGAAAAAAUUAAGACUGAACUUUCAAAUGACGAGAUCAAGGAGGGUAAGGAACUUCCGAAGGAUUCUGAGGCAGACUCUGUCAGAGAAGAGAGCCAUCAAGAAAAAAAAGCAAUAGCUGAAGAGUAUCAAGUAGAGAAGACCAAUGAAAGUUCUGUGAUCAGAACAAACGAAAAUCGGGGCAAGUUGCCUGAAGAGAAAGAUACAACAGCUAGCAAAGAAGUGCAAACUGAAGAAGAAGAAGAAGAGCACGAAAAUGCUGAAGAAGUAAGAACAUAUGAAGAGAUGGGAGAAAGUGAACACAAAAAUGCAGAGCCAGGCUAUGAUUCUCCCGUCAUUGUAGAAGCCUCUAGAGAUGCUGAUGCUAAGAUUUCACAUAAGAAAUCCCAUAAUAUCCUUUCAGGUAUCAAGCAUUCAAUUUCCAAGGUGAAGAAAGCCAUUACCGGCAAGUCUUCUCAUUCAAAGACACAAUCAGAAAAAUAA